AGGCGAGGCUGUAGCAGACAGAGGGAAGGAGGGAGGGGACAAGCAAAGAGCAUGAAACCGGCUGUAAACACAGCGCCGGCUCCAGAAGCAGCUCGAACAGCAGCAGCAGGGGCACUAUACCAGUCCAACCAGGGCGGCCUUGCCUGCCGGUCUCCCAGGAGCCGUCCUCACGCAGUGGAAACCUCUCCAAGCUGUUGCACUGCCGAGGUUAACGGUGCUUGAUGGCAUUCGUGUAAGGCGCUGCGAGUGAAAAAAGGGCUGCCUCCGAAGGAAAAGGGAGAGAGGUGCGGGCAAACUUUUUUCUAGCUGCUUCUCCUCCUCCUCCUGGCGGCGGCUUUCCAGUGACUGGGAGUGUCUCCGUUUCUGGCCCGAAGGAACGGUAAAUGUCAGAAAGCCUGGAGGCUACAAAAGAGACUUCUCUGCCGAGCAGGGGGAGGCAGGAUUUGCUUUGAAACUGUUCCCCCCUCGCCUGAUAAGUAGAGAACAUGUUGACAGUCCUUGGAAGGAAAACAUAUGAGACUUCUUUCAAAGAACUGAAGCAAAACUACCAGAGAAAGUGAGAUCCACAUUUUCUGCAUGCUUUGUUAAAAGACUGAGAUCGGUGGAAAGUGCAGGAGGCCAACAUUAAAGAAGUGGAAGAUAUUUUAAGGAAUCAAGACAGGAGUUUGUUUAUUCUGCCACUCCAACCCCCGUUAGACCUGAUGGAAACCAUAGAGACAGCAAAGCUUGAAGAGCACAUGGAAAGCCAGAACAAUGAAACGGCAAAUGGUUAUGCUCGGCCUGCUCUUACUGUCGAUGAGGAAAACAAGAAUGGUAGCAGUAAACCAAAGGUCUUGUCCAAUGGUUUGCGUAAAGGUGCUAAGAAGUAUCCAGACUAUAUACAGAUUUCUAUGCCCACUGAAUCUAGAAACAAAUUCCCUUUGGAAUGGUGGAAAACAGGCAUUGCUUUUGUAUAUGCUAUUUUCAACUUAAUUCUAACAACUGUUAUGAUCACAGUGGUACAUGAGAGGGUGCCUCCCAAGGAGCUCAGUCCUCCAUUGCCUGAUAAAUUUUUUGAUUAUAUUGAUCGCGUGGAAUGGGCUUUUUCUGUAUCAGAAAUAAAUGGAAUUAUACUCGUUGGAUUAUGGAUAAUCCAGUGGCUGUUUCUCAGAUACAAAUCAAUCGUGGGACGAAGGUUCUUUUUUAUAUUGGGAACUUUGUACCUCUACCGCUGCAUUACUAUGUACGUCACCACUCUACCUGUGCCUGGAAUGCAUUUUCAGUGUGCUCCAAAGUUAAACGGAGAUUCUCAGGCUAAAGUUCAGCGGAUUCUGCGACUAAUUUCUGGUGGUGGACUGUCUAUAACAGGCUCACACAUCUUAUGUGGAGAUUUCUUGUUCAGUGGUCACACUGUAGUGCUGACACUCACAUACCUGUUUAUCAAGGAAUAUUCACCUCGUCACUUUUGGUGGUAUCACUUGAUCUGCUGGUGCAUGAGUGCUGCUGGAAUAAUCUGUAUCCUUGUAGGACAUGAACACUACACUGUAGAUGUUGUAAUUGCUUAUUAUAUUACCACAAGGCUCUUUUGGUGGUACCAUGCAAUGGCAAAUGAAAAGAACUUGAAAAUAUCAUCACAGACCAACUUCCUGUCUCGAGCAUGGUGGUACCCAAUAUUCAAUUUCUUUGAGAAGAAUAUACAAGGCUCAGUUCCUUGCUGUUUCUCAUGGCCAAUAUCUUGGCCCCCUAGCUGUUUCAAGUCUUCAUGUAAAAAAUAUUCCCGGGUUCAGAAAACAGGAGAGGACAAUGAAAAAUCCACUUGAAGACAAUGAAGACCAGAAAAUGGAUUGACUCUAUACUUUUACCAAACAUUGUGCUAUAACCAAAGUUCUUAAGAUGACUAGCUAAUUGAAGAAGUGGACCAAAUGUUGUGCAACUGAUCUGAGAAAAGACAACUGUAUACACACACACAUACACAAUAAUUAUUACCCCUUGUUAUGUUUUUCUAGUCACAUUAUGCAGUUCAUCCCACUCAUCAGUGACACUCUGGUGCCAAAUGAAUACUUCCUGAGAGGAGCCUGGAUGUUGGCUGCUUAAUGAGAUUAAGAGGUGCCAAAGAACACAUCACAUGAUCAGUUGAUAAAUAUCGUUCAUCCAUAAAAGCAUCCAAACAUAAUUAUCAACUUCAGAUUUCUGAAGUUAAAUGAACAAACCAUAGUAAAUGACAAAGGGCACGAUACAGGUUUCUCCAGCCAUAUACAUAGUAACAGAAAUUGUCAGGCAGUGAUUUUUGUAUUCUCACUAGUGAAGGCAAGUUUGUGAUAUAUGACUGGUGAAACCAGAAGUGAUCCUUGGUCUGUUUUUUUAUUCUCUUUAAUGGGAUUGAACAUAUUACAACUCUGUAAUGCCACUACAAUUUACAUAUACCUUGGUUGAUUUUUACAUUUUUAAAAAAUAAUUUUAUAUAUGAAAAUAAAAACCUACUUUACCUGAUGAUACCAAAGGUUUCAAAUAAUGUCUACUAAUGUCAUCAGAGAAAACUAAUUUAUUGUUAAAAUACAUAUAUAAGCCAAUAGAACUAUUUAAAUUCCUGCUGGACAGUUAGCUUAUGUGAAAUGUGUAAGGAAUGUUUAAAAGAUGGAGUUUUAGAGUAAAAAAAGAAUGUUGACAAUAGUUCAGGCAGUAACUAAAAAUACAGAUGUGGGUUUGGACAAUGGCCAGAAUUCACAGGAAUGACUCCACAAUUUAGAAUGUGUUAUAUCUUCUUG